AUGCCGGCCUACAACUCCGUCUUCAACGAGGAUCCCAACCCUCCUCGCCUCAUUGGCAACUUUCCACUCCUUCCACUUCGCACAAAGACCCGUGGCCCGGCCUACACGCUCCCCCUCGAUCCCUCGCUGCCUCCCAACGAGUCGCCCGACCCUGAUAGCGAGAGUUACGAUAUCCUCGACGAGACCAUCGCCCUCUUCCGUGCAAACACCUUCUUCCGUAACUUUGAGAUCCAGGGUCCCGCCGACCGCCUUCUCGUCUAUGGCAUCUGGUUUCUCAGCGACUGCCUGCAAAAGAUUAAGCCGCACGCGACCGCUCGAGACGCCCAGAAGGAUGUCAUGAACAUUGCUCUCGACCUCAACUUUGCCAUCCCAGGCGACCCGGGGUUUCCCUUGAACCAGAUGUACGAGUCUCCUCGAGACAGACAGGACGCGGAGCAGUUGAAGCAAUACAUGGCGCAGGUUCGCCAAGAGCUCGCCGCCCGGCUGCUCGCAAGGGUCUACGCGGACGACGAGAGCAAGCCAAGCAAGUGGUGGCUGAGUUUUACGAAGAGAAAGUUCAUGGGGAAAUCACUUUGA